AUGGUUAUAAUUUGGAUCUUGCUGCUGAGUUUGUUGCAGGAAUCUUGGUCCCAAGGGCUGGCUGCGGAGGUGCCCGAGGUACCUUAUUGUGCUAAAGGCCAGACGUGUGACCCAAGGCUGCGCAGAGAUGCUGGGGGGCGCGGCGGAGUCUAUGAGCAUCUCGGGGGAGCACCCAGGCGCAGGAAGCUCUACUGUGCCACUAAGUAUCACCUCCAGAUCCACUCCAAUGGGAAAAUCAACGGCAGCCUGGAGAAAAACAGCGUCUUCAGUAUUCUAGAGAUAACUGCAGUUGAUGUUGGAGUCGUUGCCAUCAAAGGGUUGUUCUCUGGCAGCUACCUGGCCAUGAACAAAAGGGGCAGACUUUAUGCUUCAGAAACUUACAAUGCAGAAUGUGAGUUCGUGGAAAGGAUCCAUGAGUUGGGCUAUAACACUUACGCAUCUCGCCUAUACCGGACAGUGCCCAAUGGAGCCAAUACCAAACGCAAAGCCAGUGCUGAGAGACUCUGGUAUGUCUCCGUCAAUGGGAAAGGCCGACCCAGAAGGGGCUUUAAAACCCGCAGGACACAGAAAUCCUCUCUCUUUCUGCCCAGGGUACUGGAUAACAAAGAUCAUGAAAUGGUCCGUCUAUUUCACACAAAUGUUAAAUACAGAGAGAGUCUACUGAAGCCUCUGAGUAAGAAUAAAAGAAGAAGAAGGAGAGGAUACCAAUGGGUUCCUUGGGGGGUUUGGGGUGGGGACUGA